AUGGGUGUCGUUGUUUCCCGGAAGCUUGUUGUCUUAACCUGGAACGUCACUUCCUCCUUUCUCUUUGACCACCGCCAUAGUGGGGAAAGGACUGUGGACAAAAUGUCGUCCCACAAGACUUUCAGGAUAAAGCGCUUCCUCGCCAAGAAGCAAAAGCAGAACAGGCCGAUCCCGCAGUGGAUCAGAAUGAAAACCGGUAACAAGAUCAGGUACAACUCCAAGAGGAGACACUGGAGGAGGACCAAGCUGGGCCUGUAAACACGAGGGUCUGUGGACCCCUCCAUCCCAACAUCUACCAGGACCUCCAGCUGCUGGGCCUGAGGGCAGGGGGGGAGCAAUGUCAGUGGAGCAGCAGCUGUUUUGUAUAGAUUCUCUGGGUAUGCUCACGUUUGACAAUAAAAGAUCUGGGAUCAAACAAGAAAUGCAGUUUUAUGGAUGUUUUUCCUGCGUGUUCUGUAUCUGAAGUUCCUUCUACAUCAUAAUCAGAGGUUCUCUGACCGCUCUGAGUAAAGGGGGGGUGUUUGACCCCAACAACAAACA